UAAAUCUCUAGUACUCCUACUGAAAUUCAUAGAUGUUUAUCUGCUCUCCACAAUUCAAUUAAGCAGAAUCUAGCUACAAAUCUGUCCACCCACAACCCAACCAUGUCGGAUCCCAAGGUCACUAUAAUCGACGGCAAAACAGUCGCCCAAACAAUCCGAUCGGAGAUCGCCGCCGAAGUCAGCCGCCUCUCUCAAACUUACGGCAAGGUUCCCGGUCUAGCUGUUGUCAUUGUUGGGCAAAGGAAGGAUUCCCAGAGCUAUGUGAAUAUGAAAAGGAAAGCUUGUGCAGAAGUUGGAAUCAAGUCGCUUGAUUUCGACCUGCCAGAGAAUGUCUCCGAAUCUGACUUGAUUUUCAAAGUUCAUGAAUUGAAUGCCAAUCCUGAUGUUCAUGGUAUACUGGUUCAGCUCCCGUUGCCUAAACAUAUAAACGAAGAGAAAAUUCUAACUGAGAUAUCUCUGGAAAAGGAUGUAGAUGGAUUUCAUCCUCUCAAUAUUGGUAAGUUAGCAAUGAAGGGCAGAGAUCCUCUCUUUGUCCCCUGCACCCCAAAGGGUUGCAUUGAGCUUCUUACCCGCCAUGGCAUUACUAUUAAGGGAAAGAAUGCUGUUGUGGUAGGCCGGAGUAACAUAGUUGGUUUGCCAGUUUCGUUGCUCCUUCUAAAGGAAGAUGCCACCGUCACUAUAGUCCACUCUCGUACCAAAGAACCAGAGAGCAUUAUACGGAAUGCUGACAUCAUCAUCGCUGCUGCAGGACAACCUGCAAUGAUCAAGGGCAGUUGGAUCAAACCUGGUGCUGCAGUAAUUGAUGUGGGAACCAAUGCUGUGGAUGAUCCUAGUAAAAAAUCUGGUUAUAGGCUUGUAGGGGAUGUGGAUUUUCAGGAAGCAUGUAAGACGGCCGGCUGCAUUACUCCAGUUCCUGGUGGCGCCGGGCCGAUGACUGUUGCAAUGUUGCUAAAGAACACAUUGGAUGGAGCUAAGAGAGUAAUAGAGUGCUAGUGUCUCAUUUCCCAAAUUUAAGAUGUUGUGUUGCUAAAGAAUUUUGAAUCUUUUUAAGAUAUGAAUAAUCGUGUGAAUUAGCUACCGCGCAGAUAGUGGUAGUUAAAUUAUAAUGUACUUUUUCUAAAGUAAUUAUUUGAAUACUAUAUUUAUUGUGA